AUGGCUCCCAAGGCUCUCUGUUGUAUUUCCGUGGACAUUGAUGCUGUUUGUGGCUGGCUUGGCUCCUACGGCGGUGAAGAUUCCGUGUCGGAUAUCUCGCGCGGCUAUUUCGCUGGUACUGUUGGUGUCCGACGAUUACUGGAUCUCUUCGCAAAAUACAAUAUCAAGACCACCUGGUUCAUUCCGGGUCACAGCCUGGAAACCUUCCCUGAAGAAUGUGCUUUGAUUAGGGACGCCGGGCAUGAAAUUGGACUCCACGGCUACUCCCAUGAGAACCCCAAGGAGAUGACAAUUGAACAGCAAAGGGUUGUUUUAGAUAAGACCUACCGUCUAUUGACAGACUUCUGCGGCAAGCCGCCACGAGGAUCAGUGGUUCCCUGGUGGGAGACACCAAACGAGGGUGCGGAAUUGAUGAUGGAAUACGGCUUGGAAUAUGACCAUUCCUUCUCACACCAUGACGCACUUCCGUACUGGCUGAGAGUUGGUGAUAAAUGGACAAAUAUCGAUUAUUCAAAGCAUCCGGACACCUGGAUGAAGCCUCUAGAAAGGGGAGAAACGACUGGUCUUGUUGAAAUUCCUGCCAGCUGGUACAUGUUCAUCAAGAACAUGGCCAAUAGCCAUGGAUGGGUGCACCCCAAUGUAGUCGAAGACCUUUGGAGAGACCACUUUGACUACUUCUAUGAGACGUAUGACAACUUCUGCUUCCCUGUUACAAUUCACCCGGACGUAUGCGGUCAUCCACAUGCUCUAAAGAUGCUUGAGAGGAUCAUCAAAUAUCUCUUGACUAAGGAAGGGGUGGAAUUUGUGAAGAUGGAAGAUAUUUGUGAUGAAUUCAAGUCACGAAACACUCCGCCAGAAGGAGCCAGGUUACCGGCUGAAGUAGGAGCAAAGUUGAAAGAGUACCAGAGGAAACAACCUUUAGACACUUAA